CCGCGCAUACUUCGCAUCCCUGUAGAUACGCGGCGAAUUUUACGCACUAGCCGGCUGGUCUGGAGAAAAAAAAACCUUGUCAGUUCUGAAAAAAACAUCUCAGUUCUUACAGCAAAAUCGUAAAACAGCUCAAAUUGUGACAAUUAACCAUAAUAGAGGUGUUUAAGGGAGGGAGUUGCCGUAAAGGAUAUUUUGCUUUCCUAGCGCAAAAAAGCAUACAAGUCAAGAGGACUUGUUGCAUUUCGGGUUUUCAUUUGGCCCUUUGACAUCUGUUUCUCCCCCCAGUGUGAUCCAGGCCUGGGCAUGGACGAGCGCAGCGCCACUAUGGACCCCAGCAGUUGGAGCGGCAGCGAAAGCCCCGCAGAUGACAUGGAGAGGAUGAGCGACGGGGCCGAGAAGGGCAUGGACGGGGACCCCGAGGGGGUGUGGAGCCCCGACAUCGACCAGAGCUUCCAGGAGGCGCUGGCUAUCUACCCGCCCUGUGGGCGGAGGAAGAUCAUCCUCUCAGACGAGGGCAAGAUGUACGGUCGCAAUGAGUUGAUAGCGAGAUACAUCAAACUAAGAACGGGAAAGACAAGGACAAGAAAGCAGGUCUCCAGUCACAUUCAGGUUCUUGCCAGACGGAAAUCUCGGGAGUUUCACACCAAGCUAAAGGUCACAUGUAUGGACCAGAGUGUGAAGGACAAGGCACUGCAGAGUAUGGCCUCCAUGUCCUCGGCUCAGAUCGUCUCUGCCACCGCCAUCCACAACAAGCUUGGCCUCCCAGGCUUCCCAAGACCCACCUUCCCUGGGGCGGCAGGGUUUUGGCAGGGUAUGAUAUCCACUGGCCAGCCUGGAUCCUCACAAGACGUUAAGCCAUUUGCCCAGCAGGCCUACCCCAUCCAGACAGCUGUAACGACCACCAUCUCAGCGUACGAGCCUCCCACAGCCCCCACGCCUACAGCCCCAGCCUGGCAGGGUCGCUCCAUCGGGACCACCAAACUCAGACUGGUGGAGUUCUCUGCCUUCCUGGAGCAGCAGAGAGACCCUGACUCUUACAACAAGCACCUGUUUGCCCACAUCGGACAGACUAACUACUCGUACAGCGAUGCCCUACUGGAGGCUGUCGACAUCCGUCAGAUCUACGAUAAGUUCCCAGAGAAGAAGGGAGGACUGAAGGAGCUCUUUGGAAAGGGCCCUCACAACUCCUUUUUCCUGGUCAAGUUCUGGGCUGACCUGAACUGUAACAUCCAGGAUGACUCUGGGGCCUUCUACGGUGUGACCAGCCAGUAUGAGAGCUCUGAGAACAUGACCAUCACCUGCUCCACCAAGGUGUGCUCCUUCGGCAAGCAGGUGGUUGAGAAGGUGGAGACGGAAUAUGCUCGCUUCGAGAACGGACGCUUUGUCUACAGGAUAAGCCGCUCCCCCAUGUGUGAAUACAUGAUCAACUUCAUCCACAAACUCAAACACCUGCCUGAGAAAUACAUGAUGAACAGUGUCCUGGAGAACUUCACCAUCCUAUUGGUGGUGACCAACAGAGAGACACAGGAGACGCUGCUGUGCAUGGCGUGUGUGUUUGAGGUGUCGAACAGCGACCACGGAGCUCAACAUCACAUCUACCGGCUAGUCAAGGAAUAAGAGACUGAGGCCUAGAUUCAAUCAGAUCGAACGUUAACCGACAUUCGCAUAGCAGAUGUUUUGGCGGUGUUGGAGGUGUAACUGCGGUAUGAGCUGAAAUAUCGGUGAGCGGCUGCUCUUGGGUGGCAUCAACCCUCCCUUCCUUAAUAUCCCUACCGUGUUGGGAGUUCAAGACGGUGCAAGGAAGUGUAGACUCUAUCGAUGUUGGAAGUAAUGAUAUUCAAAUGUCAAACCAUUGAUGUUAGGCUAAUCGCAUGUUUUCAUGUUCAUUUGGAUGGAGGGAUUUAUACCUUAUCAGUCUAAUUCGAGUGUUGUAACUUGUAACGUGGCUGAAUGAAAUUCUAACGCGGCUGUAUGGGAUUUGUCAGAUUAUAGUCGGGUGUGAUUUCGUUUCAUCCAAUGGCGGUGUCCGCAAUAAUAUAACGCAACAAGCCGCUUGUGGAUUGGACAGCUCUCUGCAGUUCCACCUCCUGACACCGCCAAAACAACCGCUAUGUGGAUGUCAAUCUGAUUGAAUCUAGCCCUGACACUCCGUGUAAAAAUGCUUCAUUCAGAACUGGGACAAACUAUCACAUAGAUCUCACUAACCUGAAGGACAUGUAGCUUAUGAAGGAUGGAGGGAAGACAUUGAAGGACAGACCCUGAGUAUUGUCAGGGUUGUGGGGGAGGACACGAGGCAACCGCCCAGUGAAACACGCCUUCAGAAUGACUUACUUGACAACCUUACGGAAAGUGGCUGUGCCUCUUCACAAAUCCCACCCACAAUGUCCUUUGGUUACAUUGUGGGUGAAGUCUAUCACGGAUAAUAUUAUCAUUAUAUUUUUGUCUUUUUAAUGUAUAUUUGUAUGAGUGCAGCUGUCAAUCUGUGGUAUAGUUGUGUCAUGUGCCAUUUUUCCAGACUAGUUCAGGUCUGUAGUGUAGAAAGUGUACAUAUGAAGGGGCAUUGCGUAACAUAGGGAGAUGUUCUGUGGAUUACAUUUGGAAACUACUAUCAGUUUCCAGCUUUUUAUAUUGUAGUCAUCACCAAUGUCAACCAAUUACAGAUCAUGAUAGCCUUUUUUAAUUAGAUAAAUAUAAAAACUAUACAAACAGUUACUACAUACACUAUAUAUACAAACGUACGUGGACACCCCAUCAAAUUAGUGGAUUCGGCUAUUUCAGCCACACCCGUUGCUGACAGGUGUAUAAAAUCGAGCCCACCGCCAUGCAAUCUCCAUAGACAAACAUUGGCAGUAGAAUGGCCUUACAGAAGAGCUCAGUGACUUUCAACGUGGCACCGUCAUAGGAUACCACUUUUCCAACGAGUCAGUUCAUCAAAUUUCUCCCCAGGUCAACUGCAAGUGGUGUUAUUUUGAAGUGGAAAUGUCUAGAAGUACCAACUGCUCAGCCGCGAAGUGGUAGGCCACACAAGCUCAGAGAACUGGACCCCCGAGUGCUGAAGCAUGUAGCGUGUAAAAAUGGUCUGUCCUCGGUUGCAACACUCACUACCGAGUUCCAAACUGCCUCUGGAAGCAACGUCAGCACAAAAACUGUUCAUCUGGAGCUUCGUGAAAUGGGUUUCCAUGGCCGAGCAGCCGCACACAAGCCUAAGAUCACCAUGCAAUGCCAAGCGUCAGCUGGAGUGGUGUAAAGCUCGCCGCCAUUUGACUAUGGAGCAGUGGAAACAUGUUCUCUGGAAUGAUGAAUUAUGCUUCACCUUCUGGCAGUCCGACGGAUUAAUCUGAGUUUGGCGGUUGCCAGGAGAACGAUACCUGUCCAAUGUAUAGUGCCAACUGUAAAGUUUGGUUGGUGGAGGUGGAAUAAUGGUCUGGGCUGUUUUUUGUGGUUUGGGCUAGGCCCCUUAGUUCCAGUGAGGGGAAAUAUUAACGCUGCAGCAUGCAAUGACAUUCUAGAGUUAUAGACGAUUCUGUGCUUCCAACUUUGUGGCAACAGUUUGGGAAAGGCCCUUUUCCUGUUUCAGCAUGACAAUGCACCCGUUCAUAAAGCGAGGUCCAUACAGAAUUUUUUUGUUGAGAUUGGUGUGGAAAAACUUGACUGGCCUGCACAGAACCUUGAUCUCAACCCCAUCGAACACCUUUAGGAUGAAUUGGAACGGCUACUGAUAGCCAGGCCUAAUCUCCCAACAUCAGUGCCCGACCUCACUAAUGCCCUAAAUGGAAGCAAGUCCACGCAGCAAUGUUCCAACAUCUAAUGGACAGCCUUCCCAGAAGAGUGGAGUUAUAGCAGCAAAGAGGGGGCCAACUCCAUAUUAAUGCCCAUGAUUUUGGAAUGAGAUGUUCAACGAGCAGGUGUCCACAUACUUUUGGUCAUGUAGUGUACAUGUAGCUGUGUGAACAUCACUAUCACACAAACAUUUUCCAAAGAAAAGAUAUGUAGGUUUUACAUUUUGUACAUUUUGGAUAACAAAGCAAAUACUAAACUAUAAUGAAGACCAGUAAUAGUUAUAAUUCCAGGGACACUUUGAAACUAUAAAUAAAAUAUAUGAUGAUUCAGGUACCACUUUGCAGCACAACUCUCUCAUAUCUGCAUCAUAUCUCCUGUGCCCAACUAAAAAUAAACCUGUAUUGUUAGGUAUUACUGCACUGUUGGAGCUAGGAACAUAAGCAUUUCGCUACACCCCCGAUAACAUCUGCAAGAUAUGUGUAUGCGACCAAUAAAACUUGAUUUUAUUGGAAGAGGAAAAGCACUGUGAUACCACAGCAAGACAAUGUGUACAGACCAGAGAUUCCUCCUACGUUAUCUUUUCUCUGAGCUGCUAAGGUUUUACCCCGUAUGACAAUGAGGCAAAGAAAUCAUAGAAUACACAUAUUGAACAUUCAAAAUGGACACUCUACUACCAUAGUCACCCAUCCCAAAGCACUUAGUUCCUCUGUAUGGUUAUUGCGGGGUGGAGUUAACUUGUUGAAUGAACCUGCUCUUUUUAGUGACUGAGAAACACAGAAGUCAAAAACACUCCCAUAUAUUAAUCUCUGUGUUUCCCUGGUUCUGAAAGCUAUUCAGCCUUAUUUUGCUUGUCAAUCUGUGAGCUACGCUAUUGGGCACAUUAACCGUGGUGGUAGGGAAUGGGAUCCUUACAGAUACUGUAACUCUACCACUCAAGCUGUGAGAUCUUUCCUGAGCUGGAGGACAGCCUUGUAAUUUCCAUACAUCCCAGUGUUAUGUGUACAGUGCCUUAGUGAGUAACUUUCCACCAAUGGCCCAAUGGUUUGCUUGGAUCGAAAAUACAUAACAUUUGUGAUCCGUCAUGUCGGCAAUUAUAAAUACACUGUUAACUAUUAGUGGUUCUACAUGUGCACCUAUUUCACCUUGUUUUACAAAAUAACUGGUAAAUCAUACAUAGAUUAUUACAAUGAACAAGUUCCGUGUGUAAUAGCAGUAAUAACUUUGCCUUGCUUAUCAAAAACCAAAAAACUGGAGACAUUUCAGACGUGCAAUUGUCCCUUGCACUGUAGCAUCAAGUGCCUUUGGUCAUGACUUUCCAGCGAAGAAAAGGUUUAAAAGAAGCUAAACCAAAAAGUCUAAGAAAAUGGUGGAAGAGAUCACCAGAAUGCCUUUUCCAAUGCAUUUCCCUGUACAACUGUAUUCAUUUCCACAACAAUUUGACUAUUGCUGGGUGGCAGGUAGCCCAGCGGUUAGAGCAUUGGGCCAGUAACUGGAAGGUCGCUAGUUAAAAUCCCUGAGCUGACAAGGUGAAAAAAAUCGGGCAAUUAACCCUACUUGCUCCAGGGUCGCCGUUGAUAGUGGCAGACCCUGGCCGUGACCCCACUCUCCGAGGGUGUCCCGGGGAGUUGGGAUAAUGCAACAAAAAAACUAGUUUCCAAUUCACACGUACGUAUGAUCCACACUUUACAGUUUAGUCGUUUAGCAGACGCUCUUAUCCAGAGUGACUUACAGUUAGUGCGUUCAUUUUAAGAUAGCUAGGUGAGACAACCACAUUUCUCAGUCAUAGUAAGUAAAUUUUUCCUCAAUAAGGGAGUCAAGUGCGAGUGUUAGUUUACUUGUACAUGUGUCAAAUAGGACAAAUAUGAGAACCCACCUAAUUAUUAUUAUUAUUUGGGAAACGAUUGUACCCUUAGAUGCAUGUUCAGUUCACAGUGAUCUCCCUGUGGAGGUUUAUAUCAUCAUAGUCACAGUAGAUCAAUUGUGUUAUUAUGAUAUCAUAUGCACACUAACUUAUUAAAGUCCAGAAAACAUAAUGCAGUAUAGUUGUAUGUUACACUGUGGCUAAAGACAAUGGAUCAGGGUUUAUGUCAUGUUUGUAAGACCUUUGACCUGUCUUCUAACUUAGUAAUAAUUGUGACUAGAUUCUGGGGUGUCCACCAUUACAGUAGUUUCUGUUUGAAUGUGCUGUAUGUAGGCUAUACUUUACAAUGCUUUUGUGAUGACUCCAGUUUAACCAGAGCCAAGCCUGUUGGUUUCACUGCUGGGCUCUGUGUCUCUGUUCUGUCAACCUGGAAUGUAGAUUUCACACAUAAGUCUUUUGAAGAUAUUAUUUUAAACGGGCACAAGGAGAUUUUUGACACAAACAUCAGCAGCAAAGCUCUGGGCCAUGUGCUCUUUGUCUAUAGGUACUGGUAACUUUCAUCUAUUGUUUUCAACAUUGGAUUUAAUUUUUCUCCGUUUGGAUGGCAUCCUCAGAACAUUGUGUGCGGAUCAUUUUUAAAAGGUGAUUUGUAUAAAGAAGAAUCUAUUCUGAGACGUCCUGGUACACAUGUUUAAUGUUAUCUUUCAUUUUCUUAAAGAUUGUGAAUUUUUCAGACAAGAAUAUAAAAAGAGAAACUGUCAAUAUGUGUGUUGUUACUGCAGGGUCUGGUCUUUGCUUUGUAACCUUUUCUUCAUUGCUAAAGUCUUAGAUAUUUUAUAGCUUUCUAGAAACUUUGUAUGCAUAUAAUAUCCAAUAAAACUAAAUGGUCAAUUCUG